UUGCUUUAAAACUGGGAUGUGUAAAUUGUGCUGCUGAAGUUGAUUGGUUUUGCAUGAAAAUCGUAUUGGGAAGACUACACAGUAAGUUUGUGUCUUGUAGUUUAUGUGUUUUAUGGGUAAUUUAUGUCAGAUCUGUCUUGCAUUUUAACACUGCAGUUUAUUUAAUCUGUAGUUCUUGUUUACAUCUAAUGGAUAAUCUGACUUAAUUCUGCGGCUAAAGGGUUAAACUGAACAGAAACUCCCCCGACUGGUACUUGAUGACACCCUGGGUGUCAUGUUACAUUUUACUUAGCUCCAACUCCCGGGAUUUUACCAUUUCCUUUGCGCCAAAAUUUUAACAAAUCCUAAACUUCCCGGGUACUGAAGGCGCCUAAACUGUACUGUCUAUAUAUACAAAAUAACAAUGGCACUAAUUAUAUUUAAUUAGGCACAUUUAACGGAUCUCAUGCUUUUGGCACUAUUAUUAUUAUUUUUACGUUUAUACGUUUACUAAACUUGCAUGUAUUUUUAGAUCUAUUUAUUUAAAUAUGGAAAUGGCAGGGUGUUUAACGCUGAAGGAUCUAAUCAGCACAAGAAAAUCUAAAGUGGAUCCAGUAAUUGAUUUAAGGAGUUCACAGAAGGAAAAUAUGUUUGAUCGAUUCAAAGUAAGUCCGAGAGUUUCAUUAAAAAGUGAGCCAAUUGAUCUAUCAAAACAAAAAGGCUUCACCCCAGAAAGAAUCCCCAUCACCCCUGUCAAGUCAGUGGACAGACCUCAAGAGCCCUGGACUCCAACAGCUAACCUCAAGAUGCUAAUUAGUGUUGCAAGUCCAGAAAUACGGGACUGGGAGAAGAAAAAAGAGCUAUUUCGACCAAUUGAAAAUAAAGAGCAAGAAGUUGUUCCUUGUUCCCAACAGUUUGAAGUUGUUGAUGACAUUGACGAGUUGGAAAAGAGGCCUAGUAGAAAGCAGAAAAGUUUGGGACUUUUGUGCCAGAAGUUUUUGGCUCGAUAUCCCAGCCAUCCCUUGUCAACAGAGAAGACUGCUAUAUCUCUGGAUGAAGCAGCUGCUAGUCUUGGGGUGGAGCGUAGGCGUAUCUAUGACAUUGUGAAUGUACUGGAGUCACUUCAGUUAGUCAGCCGUGUGGCAAAGAAUCAAUAUUGCUGGCAUGGGCAGCACAACCUGCAACAGACUCUAAAAAACUUGCAACGGAUUGGAGAGCAACAAAAGUAUGAUGCACAGAUCGCUUAUCAGCAGAGAGAUAUGAGCUUUGAAACCAAAAAUGGGGAAUGGAGGAAAGAAUCCACAGGAGAUGGGCAAAAUAUGUAUCUUCUAGAACUGUCUGAAGUAGACGGUCCUUCUGCAUCUGCAAGUAGCCGCAAAGAUAAAUCACUGCGUAUUAUGAGCCAGAAGUUUGUUAUGCUCUUUCUUGCAUCCAGUACCAAGAUAAUCACUCUUGAGAUAGCCGCAAAAAUACUAAUUGAGGAGAGCCAAGAUGUAGCAGAUCACAGCAAGUUUAAAACAAAAGUACGUAGGCUUUAUGACAUUGCAAAUGUGUUGACAAGCCUGGGACUUAUAAAGAAGGUGCAUGUUACAGAAGAGAGAGGACGAAAACCUGCAUUCAAGUGGAUUGGGCCAACAGAUUUUAUGGAUAACCAUGUAGAUCAGCGGAUUGACGUUACACCAACCUCAUCUCCAAACUAUAAGAGAGAAGCCAACAUCCUGUUCGCUGCAUCUGGCAAUACCAAAGAGAGAUUGUCUCGUCACUCGUCCUUCAACAAGCCUCCGUCUUCUAACAAUGUGAAGAGGAAGGUCUGCUCUGAACCCAGCAGUCCCCACAAGGCACCCAAUGUAUGCAUGGAAGCUUGUGACUCCUACUCAUCAAAGAUGGCACAUUUGGCAGCAGUAUGCAGACAGAAGAUUGAAGAAGAUUCAACGAACCAGAAUCUGUCACAUAAGAAUACAGUAUUACAAAAUGCCAGCCAUCUCCCUUUCUCAGUUGUUGUUCCAAUAGAUUCUGAAUACUGUCUGACACCUGUGGUUCAUCAAGGAUCAUCUACAGCCCAAAAUGUUACAAAUGGACAGUCUGCUGCUAUGCCCAAUUCCCACCCUGGUGCAGAACUAAGCAAUCAUACCCUAGUCCCUAACCAGCCAUACAUGUACCUCCCCUCUUCUGUAUUCAUGCUUUGUGGUAAACUUGGAGAAGAGUCUGUGCCAAGUGCAGAAGAACAUCCUACUGAAGAAAGCUCAGUAGUUGCAUCUGCAACCACAGAUUUGAAGCAUACUGCAAUAUCUGAGGAUGAAAUGCCCACAAAGCGACCGAGAAUUGCCAUGGGUGGUUUCCCACAUUCUUUUGUACCAGAACGGUUUGUCAGUUCUAACUCUUGUGAGAGCCUUUGUAGAGAAGAUGAAAAAGUAAUCCCCAAUGGUAAUCUGCACAGAGGUGUGAGUGACAACGAAGUUCUGGGAGAUACCUUUCAAAUCAGUAAAAUAGGUCUUCAGGAAAACCAGAAAUCAACUGUUUUACCACCAUACUUCUAUGUUACCCCAGCAGCAGGACUGAAUGGCUUCAACUUCUUUCUUCCCUCAAGUCAAACUGCAAGUACUGUGUCUCCAAGUCAGUUGGCAUCUCUGAAAAUUCCCUGUAUGGUUGUGCCAUCAUCAUCCUCGCCAGGAUAUCCUCUGUUCUGCUCUCCAGCUGUUCCCAAUAGCACUGUACCUAGCCCAGUUGGAAUGAAUUUAAACCUACCUGCCAUGACUUCAGCUACACCUCUGAUUAUUGGCGCCCAACCAAUGGUAUCUCGGAAAGUAUCUGAGUAUUCUCCAGAUUUGCCUCAUAAUCUUUCAACAGAGCCUAUCCUUAAAACUCAGAAGUCGCCAACGCCGCUAACUCCAAAAAACGUCCGUCCAGCUCACAGGGAUGCAUUCUUCAAAACUCCUGGAGAUGCUGGAGUUCCAUCAUUUGUUCGGAAAAGUGAAGGGGCGCAUUUCAGCUCUGUGCAGAGAAGACUGGAAAUUAGCAGCAGUGCUGGAGAAUGAGCAUAGCUUUUGGCACUUCAGAACUUUUUUCUCAUUUACAUAUUAAUUAUGUAGCAUUUUGAGCAAAGUCACUGUUGCCUAUCUGCAACAAUAACAUGACCUUUCUAAGUACUUGUGUAAUUUAUUUUUGAUUGGUGGAAUUUGUUUUUGGGGUUUUUUUUUUAGCAGACUGUCAAACCACACUCUUAAUCAAGGAUUUUGUUAGGACAAUGAGUAUCUGCGAAUACUAUAACACGUUUGUGGUUUUCAAUUAUACCAAUACUUACCCUGCACUUAUACACACUUGAUCACAGCUGCUUUUGACUUUUCUGAUCACCAGUUGUCUCACAGCAGCUUUUGUCAGAUUAUUUUUUUUCUCUUGCAUUUCUGCUAUUUUGUUACAACCCACAGUUGCUUGACAAAGAGGAAAGCUAUAUACACAGUUUGUUGUAACAUGCCUUAAUUAUGAAGAACAGUAUGGAGUUGGAAAUACAUUUCUGCAAUCUUUAAGCAUAAUAUGCUUAAAACUACAUUACUUGGAGUAGCAUACUCACUACUUGAAUACGGAUAGCCCUUUUAUCAUUUACACCUGUAGAAAAUGUAAAAAAUUAAACAUUAGCUGUGACGUCAGUGUAUGUGAAUGUUUUCUGCUUUAAGCAUUGAGACCAAAUUAACUGUGAAUCUCUUUUGUAAGGAUGAACGUGGUAUACGACUUAGAUGUCCAUAAAUAGUGUUUAGAACUCUUCUUUCUUUCUUCUUAUUUUUUUUAAUAUUAACUAAUAUGUUUAAAUGUAUUGAUCCCCUCGUCUUUGUAUUUGGAAAAUGUUAUUAAUGUAUGAUAUGAAAUUUGUUUUUAUGUAGACUUCUGUCAUUUUUUAAUAUUGAGCUGUUAAAUUUUAUGUAUUGAUAUGGAAUCCAUAUCUUGCUUUUGUUGCUCUUUUUACUAUGUACAACAUAGUCUAAUAUGGUGAGUUGACAUUGAGCAGUUUCUGUGGUAAAUUUGUUUUGACUCUGAAAGCUAAAAUCUGUUGGCUUUGUUACUAUGUUAACACUAAACAGUGACCCGUUUUAAUGGGCUUUUGAAAUGUGUAUCCUUCAUUCCUUGGUGAUUUUAGAGCAAUUUUUCUGCCAUACUAAUGAUAUUAUUGGAAAUAGGUAAUUUUGUAUUUGCACUGUGGCAAAAUUGUGUAAUGGUUAUGCACUAGAAGCUAAGAAUAUAACAACAUUUGCAUUUUUUAUCGUCAUUUGAUACAGGUGUUAACAGGGCUGUCUAAAUACUUGAACAAAUCUACCAUGUUUACAUUCCAUGUAUGUCUUUAUUACAAAAUAUGGUGCUUUUUAUAUAUAUGUGUAUAUUUUUAAUAAAGUCAAGGCUGCUUAGUGUAAUUAUAAUUGCACUGCUAGUUCAUAUAUAUGUAUUUGUACUGCUGCUCACAACCUUUUCUGUUUAGAUACAACUUUGUGCUGAUUAAGCUAUGUUCAUAGCUCUAAACAUUUUUUAUUUUACUUGCACAGGGUUUUUGUAAACUAUUGAAUUGUAAUUAUAGUGUUUUUAAUAAAGAUAACUAAUUAAACUGC